UUCACAAUGCUCCUCCUGGCGCCGGCCCCGCCUCGUUAUCAACAGCCUAUUAGUGAUCAGUAAUCGCAGCGUUAGUCAGCGAAGUCAUACAGCUCCUCCUCCUUCCUUUCAUCAGUUGCCCUCAGACAUGUCCAGACACGUUGAAAUACAAGUAGAAAUCAACUUUUGCAAUGCUCAACACGAAUUCUUCCUACGAAAUGGAAUAUAUCACGCUCUGAAAACGCCGUUUCCUCCCAGCCAUAGUAUUGAUAUAGAUCUUGAACAACGAAAUUUACGAUUUGGUUGGAGCACACAGGCAGACAAUGGCAUAUACAAGACUGUUCUCCAAAGAUUCGGCCUAUUCUCCUCGCGCAAAAACGGACGCGUCACGGUUCCGCAAAUGGAAGAUCUUGGAAUAAGCUCCAUGAGCUUAUACCGUCGAAAAGUUGGAACUAUUCCGCGAACGAGGAUAGGCCGCCUCAUAUGUCCAGCUCCAGCUCCAAUUCCUCCUUCUCCGCCUUUGGCUUCGUAUAGCCCAGUGACUCUACCUCUAAUGGUCUCUCCACCCCCAUCUCCUUAUCAAGGCUUUGGCAUCCACAGCCAACCCACUUCCUCCGGGGUUGUGCAAUCCAACCAUAAUCUUCCCGGCUUCUCAAACGGAAUCAACCACUCGCCUGCUCAUCGACCCAACGCACUUAAUACGGUUCAACCUGGUUCUUCGUGUCAGGUUCAACAGUCAAACAUCUCUCCUUCUACUUCCAACUCACAGCCUCGUUCGUCUCAUAAUCCUCACACCAAUCAGUCUCCCAGUGACACGCCUUCCUCGGAGGCUCCUCGCGUCCUAUGGGCAGAUUUAGGCUCGGGAGGUGUGCUCGUUACUACUACUCCUGUUGCGAAAGAAUCUAUAUCAUCCCUUUCGACUUCUAUCAAAACAGGGCGUAAUAACCUUGCUAGUUCAUCCUCUCUACCCUCUUCCCAUCGUUCUAUACCCCCUCCAACCACUAUCCCAGCGAAAGUGCAAACGGGGAAGAACAUAUCCCCAGUGUCUGCAACGCGUCAUUCCCUACCACCAAUUCCCUCACCUCCCACAAUGUGGUCAGUUCCGAUUCCUCGCACGAUGGGCAGCAAUAUAUCCAGCUCAAAAUCCUUUAAUCUUCCUCCACGUCCAAACGUUCCCGUGCCGUCGAAGCCGGCUUCAAGCACUACGGCAACGAGGGUGAACCUCUCUUCUCCGGCUUCUUCAUCAUCGACGUACUCGGUGAAAUAUGGAAUGCAGCAUCUGGUGUUAGAUUCGAAUGGGAACGCGAUCAAACCUUCGAGUUCACUUACACGAAGCAAGGCUGAAAUCCCAAUCAAAUCAUCUACUCCCUCGAUAUCCAGACUUCCGACGUCUGGAACAGUGCCUUACUCGCUGGCGCCUUCUCUUCCUCCCGCGAGUUCUUCAAAUAUCGCGAAACCUAGAACGGGACCUCCCGCUUUGGGGUCCAAAUCUUCUCCUUUAUCAUCUCCUGUGUUGAGCUUGGGGCUUCCUUUAUCUACAACAAACCCACAGACCACGACGAACGGUAACCCGCUUGCUCAGGGAGCUCAUUCAGCUCUGCGUAGUCCUCAUAAACUCAAAAAAUCCGAACCAUCUGAGGUCAUACCCCGAACCUCGGUGACCAUCAUUCCAUCCGCGAUUUCACUACCUCGACCUAGCUCAACUUCGGUCCUACCAUUGGAACCUAGAUCAUCUACACAUACAUUUGGACCCCCUCGUGUAGAGAGAGUAGUACCUACCUCUGCAAAGGUGGAUACAUCGAAAAAUAGAAACGAUAACCCUCCAAACGGCGUCAAAAGUCUGCCUCAGGUGCCAACUGGCCAACAACUAUUCAGUCCAAACAGCCUUCUGAUGCCGCAGGGAAUCAACAUAUCUAUAGCUCGGACUCUUCCAAUCAUUCCUCCGACUUCGAGUUCCAUCUCGAAUGGGUCUCAGGCGCCUCCAGACAAGGCAAUGUCUUCGUCUGCUUCUGUAUCAGGUGUACUUCCACCUAUAAUAACACCUGCGCUAAUACCCCACGCGCACGCGUGUUGUACAACUUCGACAGACGCCUUGGUACAUGCCGAAAAACUCGGCUCAACACCGCAUGUAAACCGAGAUUCCGUUCUGAACGGUUCUUCGAAAUCUCGAUGUGCAACGACUGUAAUGUCUGUUUCUCCCAACCCUCAUUCCUCCGUUGCUACUUCUUUGAGUACACCAGCCAUCUCUUCGACGCCAGCGCCAUCAUCUGCUGUGAAAAUAAUCACGAACGACGUUCAGAUGGAACCAGCAAUAGAAAUCAUAGACAAGGCUAUGGUAGCUGCCCCGCCUACUUCUGUUACUGUGAUCGGUGACGAGAUAGACGAAGGAAUAAGCGAUGGGAUCGCAGCUGCUGUUCAUGAGGUUUCGCCCAUGGCUGUUGAGGGUCCAUCUGAUCUUCAUCGAACAGGACUGAAGCGCCCUUGUUCUGGCACACCGACUCCUUCGGCACUUAAUGUUGAAGAAAUAGAUCUUCCUCCUUCCAAACGUACGAAACUCUGUGUGGGUUCACCCAUGACAAGUAACAUAGAAGAAAAGUUCCGUGAAUUGGUCACCGCGUUGGAGCAGGAACGAAAGCUUCGUGCUCAAAUCGAACACCGUCUUGAAACAGACAAACAUAAUUCCACCGGGGUCGAAGUGGCUUUCCGCAACGAAAUAACGUUAUUAAAAGCAGGCAACGAGACAUCCCAAACACAGAUUUCCUCUUUGGAAACAGAGAAUGGGUUCUUGCAAAAUAGAGUGGAGACUUUAGAACGAAUGGUUACGACCUCUCGUCAAUUAGCUGCGCUUGAAAGGGCGGAUGGGAUAAUGGCAACCAAGGACGUACAAGCGAUUCGAGAAGAGUUGGAGCUCAAACGAGUGAAAGUAGAGGUCCUCGAAUCGGAGCUCCAGUCAACGUCAAAUGAACUCGAGCUUGCCAAAUCGCACUUGAACGAGAAAGACCGUGAGAUCGCACAGCUCCAUGCAGACCUCAUUCGGGAGCAGGCUCUUCGACGAGAAAUGGAGGGAGUCGUGGAGGAUAUGCGGAGGGAGUGCAAAGAACCGUUUCUGGUUCCUGCUUUGGUUGAUGCUUUCAUGGAGGUCUCCAAAUUGACGACUAGGUCAACAAAGCCUUAUACACAGUAAUAUCUAGCAUUGGGUGUCGAAUUAAUUUGAGUUGCGCCAUGGCCUUCAUGAUUUAUCCAGCCACCUGAUAUCGAGUUGGAUUC